AUGGCAAAAUUUCGGUUUAGUUUCAUCGUCUUCAUUAUUGCAUUCAUGGCAAUCGUUGAAAUCUCGAUUGCGGGGGGCGAAGGUUCUGUACCGAUUGGAGAAUGUCCAUCUGCAUGCGGAGUUCGAUGUUCUGCAACACACCAUCCUGGUGAAUGCAUGGAUGUAUGUAUCGACUGUUGCGGAAAAUGCUUAUGUGUUCCUUCCGGUACUCUUGGGAACAAAGACGAAUGUCCUUGUUACAGAGAUAUGAAGACCAAGAAAGGACUGCCCAAAUGUCCAUAA